CUGCUCAGUCUCGGGCGAACCGCGGAUGCGUACGGAAGGCGCAGUUCAUUUCAUCAUCACCGUAGAAGAAAAAAAUCAUCUUGCCAUCCAUCCAAUGGUGAACUACUACGACUGCGAAAAGAAGUUGAUUUUAGCGCAUUUCUAGCCGUUUCUGGUGCGGAAACUGUUCUUUUUUCAUCGCAAGCAUGUGUAGUAGUUAAUAUUAGCAGCAAUAGUGAGCGAUUUUCGUGCGAAAACUGCUGCAAUGGUAAGGAAAAUGAGCCUUCGAAGGGUGCUCGUGCUUAGCAUCGCCAUAUUCCUUUUAUGGAUGAAAUUGCCGGACCAAAGCGCAAAUGCGUCAGUGCAGACUGAAAUCAUGGAAAAAUGGGGUGAUAACUUCGGGGAGGAGCUCUGGGACCUAGCACAGACUAUGACAAAAGCCAGUGAAAUUACAGCUAAAUACAAAGCAUACAACGCACGCGUGGAGCACAAGGAUGGCACCAGUUUGAUCCAGUCCAUCGUGGAGAACGUGGGCCGCAUGUUAAUCCGCAAGAUGGACGCCAUCAAGUGUAUCAUCAAUCUGGCGGAGGAAAUGUCCGAGCAGUUUAACGAUACAAAUCCGGACAACUUCACGUACUACUCCAGCAAAUACUCAUUUAUCGAAGGGCGUCCAGAGCCGGAGAUACCAUCGACUCUGGAAGAAAACAUAUGGAUGUAUCGGAACAUGUCACUCAACUCAGACACUCACUUCUUCAACAUCUCCGUCAACACGUCGUACAGUUCAGUACACGUGCCACAAAACGUGUACGAUCGCUACCCUUGGGUUCUCGAAGCGCUGCAAUGGUCCGAAGCACUGGACGACGUGUUUGUGCAGAACUACAACUCAGAUCCAGCGCUUUCAUGGCAGUACUUCGGUUCGGCUACGGGAAUACUACGGCACUAUCCGGCACUGGAGUGGGAUCGUGAGCUGGUCGAUAUAUUCGACUGUCGGAGACGAUCGUGGUACAUUGAAACGGCAACGUGUUCGAAGGAUAUUGUGAUCCUGCUUGAUAACUCCGGAUCGAUGACCGGGUAUCGGAAUUAUAUAGCUCAAUUAACCGUUAAAAGCAUUUUAGAUACGUUUUCCAAUAACGAUUUCAUUAACAUUUAUAAAUAUUCUAACGAUGUGGAGCCGCUAAUUCCUUGCUUCUCCGACAUACUUGUGCAGGCGACUCCGGAGAACAUUCGUUUCUUAAACGAAAAGGUUCGAGAGUUGCAUUGCGAAGGCUACGCCAACGUUAGAAAGGCAUUUACGAAGGCCUUUGAACUGUUACAGCACUAUCGUGAUAUUCGCCGAUGUAACGAAUCAAUCAGCGGUUGCAAUCAGGCUAUUAUGUUAAUCACGGACGGAGUUCCCAGCAAUAUAACCGAAGUUUUUGAGGAAUAUAAUUGGUUUGAGAAUGGAACCAAGGUCCCAGUUCGCGUUUUCACCUACCUUCUGGGAAGGGAAGUUACGAAAGUGCGAGAGAUUCAGUGGAUGGCUUGUCUGAACCGGGGACACUAUUCACACAUUCAAUCAUUGGACGAGGUACAGGAAGAAGUGCUGAAAUAUGUAACUGUGAUAGCAACGCCCUUGGUACUGCAAGGUGUCGAGCAUCCACCCACGUGGACGCAUGCGUUUACGGACACGGCGGAGAAUCUUGAAUCUAAAGCCGAUGACGACGAACCUCCUCGUUUGAUGAUAGCUGUUGGAGCUCCAGCGUUCGAUAGAAAAGCGAACUACGAUAAUGAAACGCGAAUGCCACGCUUACUCGGAGUUGCUGGAACAGAUAUUCCCGUGGAGGACCUUGACGAGCUAACCUUACCUUAUAAGCUGGGCGUUAAUGGAUACUCUUUCAUCGUGAGUAACAACGGUUAUGUACUGAUGCAUCCCGAUCUUCGGCCAGUUUCCAAGGGCCGAUUGAAAGAGAACUACAACAGUAUUGAUCUGACUGAGAUCGAACAGAUACUGUCUGACGUAGUUGAAAUAUCCGAUGAUUCGCUUACCGGACGUGAGCCUAAUCCGGUUAUGGAAACGCUCAGGGAACAGUUGGUGUUUUCGAAAUUCGGUAAGAUGUUGAAGGUUCCGGUGCGGUUCCAUUACGACAAAAUGAGGCGUGUCUCACUGCAGUAUCAGGAUUACUACUACGCACCACUGGAGAAUACUCCUUUCUCGCUAGGAUUGGUCCUGCCACAUGACUAUGGAAACACCUGGAUUAAAGUAGGUGACGAAAUCAAGCGAAACCAGCACAUGGGAAACAAUAUUUCCGACUCGUUCGUUGGGGAUAACUGGAAAGUGCACCCAGAAUGGGUUUACUGUAAGUAUCACUAUCUUGAAGGACACGAGUUCAAGACUCCAGAGGACGAGUUACGUCAUUUCUUGGUACGACUUUACGACCCGAAUUGGAAGUGGUCUCAACAGUAUGAACCAGAGCCGGAGGAUAUGCAAAGAGAUGGUGCUGAUGAACCAAACUGUGGUAGGAAAACACUUGAUGACGAUGCCUAUUACUGUAACAAGGAGUUAGUUCAGCAGUUGGUUUUCGAUGCCAAGGUUACAAAUAUGAGCUUUCGAAAUUGGGAAUUUCAAAACAAGAAUGAGAUGAACAUCAUUAAGAUGUACAACGCUACGUUGCGUUUUGUGGCAACCAUGAGCGGAUUGACUAGGUGGCAGUUUAUCUUCGGAGAGGUUGAAGUUGAAUCGGAUAACGAGUUUGGAGACUACCACAAGAAGGCUACCGAUGAAACUUGGUAUAAAAGUGCAAUUCUACAGCAUAAGAUUGAUCCGAAGAGUUUUGUGUACUCCGUUCCCCAUGCUACGGAUGAUCCGGAAGGAGUCGAGCUGAAAGUAACUGCUUCUAUGGGCAUUUUUCCAAGAGACGGUGGUCUGGAGGCUCCAGGCUGCGUAACGGGAUUUCAGUUUUCUCACGAGCUGAUGUAUGAGCGUUUCAUGGAGAUUACUUCAAAAACUACGUGUGAAGGAUGCAUAGAAACAUGCAAUUCGGAAACACGAGAUUGUUACGUGAUAGAUAACAACGGAUAUGUGAUCCUGUCCGAAUCUUCCAACGACACGGGAAGGUUCUUCGGUGAGAUUGAGGGAGCCAUUAUGCAGUCAAUGGUUGAUAAAGAAAUUUUCACAAUGAUAACCGUUUUCGAUCUGCAGGGAUUGUGCGACUAUGAACGAGUCGCUGCGAACGAUGCAUUUUCUUUGAUUCACCCACUCAAAUUGCUCUUAUUCGGUUUCGACUGGUUAUUAGCGGAGCUAUUCAUCUGGUUGAAUAGGUUUGACUUUUGGGUACAUGGUGUUUCCAGUCCGGAUUAUUACGACACAAGAAUGGAGUACGACGAUUCUGACUAUACUGACAUAAACCGACCGAAGAAACCAAAAAAGACAUAUAUCAAUGAUGAGGACGAGUACUUUAAUCGUCCCAAGGAAAUCAAAAAGGAAACAGUUUACGAAGCCUGUGAUAAAAAAUCGGAUCUGUACGUCAUGCAGCAAGACAUAUUCAUUAAGGGCGAUGGGUUUUUCUACGAAUCACAACCAAUAAACCCGGCAGAAUUACUGCAUCGACCAUACUUCGCUAAACGGAUUCCACGUUCGAAUCUGCUGAUGAUCAUCGUUGAGAGCGAGUAUCCCUCCGACCAUGUGGUUCUCUCGGCGUCACCUCAGGUCAUCUAUCACAAUGACACCGAGGGGCUGCCAUGUGUCAAAACGAGAUUGAACUUUUUACCCCGCCGACGGCUGGAGGAGUGCUACACUGAGCAUCCUGAUGAGGAACGUGUGGCUCAGUGCGGUGGUGCUUCCGAGCCAUUACUUCAACUGACUGUGGUGAUAUCGUCUUUGGUAUCACUUUUGUUAUAUCGAUGUGCCGAAAAAAUAGUCCAAUUUUAAAACAUGCAAUUGCUAGAACAAGAUAAGGAAAGGUUAAACCUUAUGUUUCUUGUAAAUUUAGAAAAGAUUUACUAAUUGGUUUUCGAGAUUGCAUAUACCUGUAGUGAAAUGAAAACCGAAGACUUCUUUUUUACAAAAACAAACAAAUAGAUCGAAACUGCCUUCAAUUAAAGCAGUCAGAAGCCAACUUGUCAAGUCACUGUUUUUAUGCGCACUUUUCAUAACCCGUGACAUGAAAACAACUAGACGGAACCAAUUUUAUCUCACUUUGAUCUUAUUUAUCAUAUUUUUGAAAACUGUAUCAAUUUAAAUAAAAUGCACACCGAGCGCACUUAAGUGAUAACAGUUUGUGAAGUACUUUUAAAAACCUCACUAAAAUUGUUUCAAAGCCAACUAAAAGCAGUUAUUUCGAUCAACCAGCUUAUUGAGUUUUAGUAAUUGAUGCAUCAAGUUGUUCGUUGCAGAAUCAUCAUUAUCAUCAAUAAGAACAAUGAUGCAGUAAAAUUGCAAAUACAUUAUAAAAAUAGGGUUUCACGAGGGUGAGUUCCAUCUUAUGAUGGUAAGUAUAUUUUAACUAAAUCACACACGUCCUGUAGAUUCGCCAAAUCAGCAAUUGUAGACCAAUUUUGAGUGUGACAAAUCAUUGGUAGGUGUCGAAAAAUUCGACCAUUGCGUCUCACCGCAACUUCGCUGUCGAUUAAUUAGAAGAAAGAGAAAACUUAUCUGAAUCCCACAUCAGAAACAUUCAGUCUUUUUUAGUGCCACGAGUGUUCUACAGACUCUUUACACACGAACGGAGAUUUGCUCUAUAAAUCCAAACGCAUUGACAAAAAGUUAAGUGAGCACAAGUGGUUUGGUUGGAGGUAGUAUGGGGGAAAAUCUGUGCAAAACUUAUGCUAUCUUCCUUGAUCCCAGUUGAAAAGUAGUUACUUUCAUGGUUGCUAGAUUUACUCUUUUUGUCUCCGCCAAUCUUUGUGUAAACUGUCUGUAGUGUUUACAGUAUCAUUCCCUCCAACACGAAAUGCACAGUGUAAUUGAAUGUUUAAACAUAAUAAACACAACUUCCAGAAUAACAUGUUAAUGCAACUAAGACGUUUUAUACACACUUUUAAGUAGCUAAAACAAUAAAAAAUUAAAGGAAAGUUAUUUUGGCGCACACUUUGUUUAGUCGACAGACAUUUCUUGAGCGUUUUUUCAAAACGUCAUAUCUACAAUGAGUUACUCUCUUUGUUUACUUUCUCUUCUGUUAAUAAUUCGGUCACUUUAACAUUUAUCCCUCAACUCUUUGCAUAAUCUGCUAGUUAAAACCACCGUCUUUCGAUCUGUACUGUAAAAUAAGUGAAAAGUGUUAUAGUGACGCCGUAAAAAUCGAAAGAGAAAGUAAACAAAGAGAGUAACUCAUUGCAGAUAUAACGUUUUGAAAAAACGCUCAAGAUUUCUGUUUCAUAUUUUUUUUAAUAAAGAGAAAACAAAACAUGGAAAAACUGAUAUCCAGUGAUGUAAUUAAUUGCAACUAAAAAGUCACACACACAUAUACACAGCGGUUUUGUUUUCAUCAGUGUCAGACUGGGAUUAAAUGGAGAGAAAUAAACAAAUAAAAAAACUGUAACCAAGCAAUCGCUUGUUACUGUCGUGGUAUUUAUUUCGCUUUUACAUCUGAUCGGUUGAUUAACUUGACACGUAUUUCCCCGAGAACAUUAUUGUAAAAAAAUUUGCAGGAGCAAGAUAAAUAUUUCGAAAGAAAAAUGCUUGGAACAGCAAGGCUUUGCGCCCUCUAGAGACUAUAUUUAUUUUCUUUCAACGCACUGUUAAUCAUAUCAUACUAUGUUAUAGAAACCUUCUGUUUCCAUGUUAUGCCAUAAUUUGGGAGAGAUUAUUUGUCUGUUGUAACCCUGCCUUGGGAAAUAGUUAAGUUAAUGUUUAAUUUAUGUGAAAAAUGGUAGAUAUGCUCUGGAAUAAAGAAUCUGUUGAUAUUUAUAA